AUGCCGCCGCCGCCGCCGCCGGCAUGGGUUGUUGCGCUGAAUUCGCCGAUGCCCAGUCUGUCGAAGAACGCGAGUCGGAUUCCGGACCCGCCAGGCUACACGAAAACCAAGCAGCGCACGCAAACUUCCUCCUCUUCCGCCCCCGCGAAACCCGUUGAAACCGAUGCCCUGAAGCUGAAGAAAGCGUGGGAGAUUGCUCUGGCCCCCUCGAAGCAGAUCCCCAUGAACGCCAUCAUGAUGUACAUGUCCGGCAACAGCCUGCAGAUCUUCAGCAUCAUGAUGGUCUUUAUGCUCUUCAAGGGCCCCAUCCAGGGACUGAUCAACACCAACGCUGCGUUUACCAAGUUCGAGGCGGAGUCUAUCCGCGGGAAACUUGUUGGCGUCAAGGCUGUCUAUGUGCUUAUGCAGCUGGCAUUGUUAGCGUUGGGGAUUUGGAAGGUCAAUGGCAUGGGAUUAUUGCCAACGACAAGGUCGGAUUGGCUCGCAUGGGAAUCGGAGCGGCAACCGCUAGAACGGGCCUAUUUUGCGUUUACCUGA